GACAAGAAUAUUUUGACUAUUUCAACUCAAUUAUUUGACAUGCCUGAUGAUUUUGAGUUAAUUUUUGAAUAAUAAUUUCAAUUUUUAUCAAACAAAAAAAAUGUCAUCGGAACCUGUUAUAAAUAGUGUUGGAAUUCCAACAGCUGAAUUCUUGCAAGAUGUAGAUGCUUUUAUGCAAAAACCGGAAAAUAAUUCGGCAACUGAAGUAAUCAAACGAUUAGAUGAACUAUAUAUGAAAUAUAAAUUCAUGGAACAAAAUCUUCAUCUGAAAAAAAGCAAAUUAUUACAACAAUAUCCUGACAUUGAAAAGAAUCUAGAAAUACUAAAAACACUCAAAGACAAACAUACGAAAAAUGAAGAAAUGGAUGCUAAUUAUCAACUAGAUUAUCAUCUAUACACAAGAGCAAUCGUGCCACCAACUGAUAAAGUUUCUCUCUGGCUUGGGGCGAAUGUGAUGCUUGAAUAUUCAAUUCAAGAAGCUGAAGAAUUAUUAAAUAAAAAUUUAAUCCAAGCUGAACGAUCAUUGAAACAAAUUGAAUUGGAUAUGGAUUUUCUUAAAGAUCAGAUUACAACAACUGAAGUAAAUAUGGCCCGAGUAUAUAAUUGGGAUGUACGUAAACGAACCGUCGAACAGGCAUCGAAAGACCAAACAAAAGAUGAGCAAAAGAUUCUGGAAUAAAAUAACAAUGGAUGAAAGCUUUCUUUUAUGAAUCAAUUUCAAUUUAUCCUCAUAAAUUU